GUACAAACAUGGACGCUUUCAUCAAAUGUUUGCUGUUCCUGUCGAUCCUUUCAAUAACAGCAGCAAUACUGCAAAAUGAAAUUGGUGUGCAUUGCACAUUUCCGCCAUCAUGGCAAAGCAAGGUUUUCUUUGAAUCUGGUGAGUUGAUCAUGUCUAUUCCAGAACUGAUGAAUGCUACUGGAACAUAUUACUACGACUAUCCCAGUCAACAGAUGAGACUUGACCUCAAGGGUUUGGCAUCACUAGGCAACGUGCCGCUCUCAAAUACCUACAUCUGGCAUUUCAAUGAGAGUACAGUAUACAUUAUUGAUAACGACAACCACACCUGUACCAAGGACAAGGAUAGCGACUACAUAUGGAACCCAUGGAAUGGUGUGCCAUUGGACGCCCACUCGGACUGGCAUGGUGGUGUAGGGGACUUUCAGCAGAUCACAGAGCACUUCACGCUGAUCAGGAAGGAACUGUACGCUGACGUCAUCCUAACGCUAGACGUUAAAGUAGGAAAGGUCUGUCCACCUAUUCUGGAGCGAUAG